UCAGUCUUUUGAGUCACUCCUCGGGAAGGAAGGGCAUGGAUUUAACUCUGACAGUACUGCACGCCUUCUGAGCCACUGGGCUGCUCUUGUACCUCAAAGGAAUCAGGUGGACAUGGAGGAUUUCUGGACAUUUGCCCUUUGGGCACUGAAGACUUGGCUGUACCUCGUAAUCAGCCUCAUCAUGAUCCCUGCCAUGUUUGGCUUCUCACUGGGCAUCUCUGAGGCCUACAUGAACAUCCUGGUGAAAACCUUAGAGUGGGCCACGCUGAACAUACAGAAAGUCACAGUUGAAAGAACACUCAAAGCAUCAGCAUCUAAUGGUCUCAUCCAGAGAGACGAUGGCUCUAUGGAGAAAGAGUUUGAGGAACUCAGACGCAGUCGCCCCAAACCACUGGUGGGCGGUGAUUUUGCACUUAGUGACUGUUUCUAUUUCACGCGAAAAGGAAUCGAGAGCAUUGUAGAGGAUGAGGUGACACAGCGGUUCACUUCAGAGGAGCUGGUGUCGUGGAACUUACUGACUCGCACCAACAACGAUUUCCAGUACAUCAGUCCCAGGGUGACGCUGGUCUAUGGCAUCGGCAUCUUUGUGAGAUACUGCAUCCUCGCCCCGCUUAGGAUAACUCUGGCUUGCAUUGGCCUGUCCUGGUUGGUCAUAGGGACAUCUGCAGUUGGAUUACUUCCAAAUUGGAGGUUGAAGUUCUGGCUCAGUGAAUGGGUGCAUGUGAUGUGCUACAGGAUCUGUGCUCGAGGACUUUCUGCCACCAUCCGCUAUCACGACAGCGAAAAUAAACCACAAAAAGGAGGAAUCUGUGUGGCCAAUCACACCUCUCCUAUUGACAUAGUGAUUCUCUGCAACGAUGGGUGUUAUGCUAUGGUGGGUCAGGUACAUGGAGGUUUGAUGGGAGUCAUCCAGAGAGCCAUGGUGAGGUCUUGUCCUCAUGUCUGGUUUGAGAGAGCUGAGAUGAGAGAUCGCCACCUAGUGACCAAAAGGUUGAAAGAUCAUGUGAAUGACAAGGAAAAGCUCCCCAUAUUGAUAUUUCCAGAGGGAACCUGUGUCAACAACACAUCUGUCAUGAUGUUUAAGAAGGGAAGUUUUGAAAUUGGAGCAACUAUAUAUCCAGUGGCUAUUAAGUAUGAUCCAAAUGUUGGAGAUGCUUUCUGGAACAGUUCCAAACACAGCAUGGUCAGUUACCUGCUGAGGAUGAUGACCAGCUGGGCCCUCGUCUGUAAUGUCUGGUAUCUGCCUGCCAUGCACCAACAGGAGGGGGAAGAUGCUGUUCAGUUUGCCAACAGAGUCAAGUCAGCCAUUGCUCGACGGGGAGGGCUGGUAGAUCUACAGUGGGAUGGAGGUCUGAAGAGGUCGCAGCCGAAGGUGUGGUUCAAAGAGGAGCAGCAGAAGCAGUACAGUAGCAUGGUGGUGGGUGACGACAGCAGCAGCCACAGUGACUGACCCCACCAGCUAGUACGCUCUAAAAAUCCCUGCCAUGUGGAAAAUAUAUACUGGAAACCGGCAUCUCUUUCUCUCUCCUCUCAUGUUCCCUUGAGCUUGGCCUGAUCUUGCCAAUUACAGCAGGAUGGGUACCACGGGUACAGCUGAAAAACAAGUCUCAGGGAUUCACAAAGUGCAAUAUUGAGGCGCAGACCGUGGCUCUGAUAAAAAGAAAGCUCUCUCUCUUUUUUUUUUCUUCUGCUGAAGAAACUUUAGCUUCUGUUGUGAUUGAAUGGAAAUGCUCCGAAUGAAAUGUGUGAUUACAGACAAUGCGAUGGUCAGAACAACUGGAUUCAUGGAUGUCUCCAUCAGUAAACUCAUUAAUGUGAUGUUCAAUGAUAUUUUUAAGACAACUUUUAGUUUUAGUUUUAGUGUGUGUUUUAUACAAUGCCAAAUAACCUGUAGGCAUUGUGUAGUUUUACUAUUUUAUAGCAUGACAUGUCAUAUUAUUUAAUACGGCAGAUGCAGAGAGCUAAACACAAGAUAUAAUGCUUUUAUGUAUUUAAGUCUUGCAGUGUUGUACUGCAACAUAAUUAACACUGAUGGGUACCUUUACCAUAGUUUUUACUUUAAAGCAACUUGUUUUCACACUUCUUUUUUUGAAUUCAACACUGAUAGUUUAGUUAUGCAAAAAGAAAACGUGUUAUUCUGUGGUUUUUAGCAUCUUUUGACACCUUUUUUUUUACAGUGCAGUAAAGGCAAAGCAGGGACACGAGACACAUGGGGUUUGCACAUAAAUAAUACAUGCGUUGAGGGUGAAGGAUAGUUCCUUAAAUGUCCACAUGUGAAGGGAUGGCCUUAAAGGAGAACACACAGCUGAGACUUUUUGGAUCUCUCUUCACUGGGUAAUUUUCCUGAAGUGUGCUCCUCGUCUAUGCUGCUUUUUUUCUGUGAGUUCACUUCUUUGGCUCCUGAAAAAAAUUAAAAAGUUUACUCACAGUCAUUUUUCCAAUAUUUUGUUUUGUUUUAUAUUGUCAGCGUUCUCACCAUCAAUUUUUUCACUAUCAUUCUUCUCACCAUCAUUUUCAUUAUCACUGGGCUCGGUGUGUUCCUGUGUUAAAACUAAUAUGAGUGAAUCACAUGUCACGGUAUAUUGUGUCUCACAGCCCACAAACUCUACUUGUUAACAGUACUCACCUGAAUCACGAUUCUUUUGAUUUUCUUUCUCUCUUUGAGUUCCUGAUAUCUGGAAUUGUCAAGGAUGAAAACAAGUUGACAUGCCAUUGCCAAGAAACUAAGCUGAAACUAAUUUAUUUACAAUAGUGUGUUUUGGAGAACAGUGCCUUUUUAAGAUUGGACUUCCUGUCUGUUUGUUUUAGUCGAAAAGCCAAGAGAAACAAAUGGUACUGUGAAAUAUUUAUGAGUCUGAUUAGUGUCUCGCAUCUGUCUCCCUCUGUGCAGUUCAAAUGACAACCAGCAGUUUUUAAAGUAAGAUGCUUUUAUCUCUUGGCAAUAAAGAGCCAAAAAAGA